AUGUCAGCACCGAAAAAACGAAAAAGUGAUAUUCAUAUCGACCUCUGCGCAAGAGAUGAAGCGGAUCACAAGUCGAAGAAAGAGAAGACCAAUUGGCAUCAUGAGGAACAAGUCGAGAAUCGACGAGGCUCGUUUCUCAAAGGAAUCAUCAACAAAGUGAAAAGCACAGCGUCUUUGAAGACUUUGAACAGAGGACCAUCAACAUCGAAGCUCGAAACGAUAGCUAAUGACACGCAGUUAUCAAUCAAGAGCGAGUCGAGUGUUACCUCUGUCGAAUCAGGUCCAAGCACUCUUGUUCCGAAUAUUGCCAAAAAUGCGCAACUCCGAUCAUUCGUUAAUCGAGAUUCGUUCACACCCGUUCCGCCACUCGAUUCUGAUGAAAAACAAGAUGUCUUUGUGAUGCCGACAGUAGGAGGAUCGAAAAGCGAGUCAACGAAUAAGAUGGAGGACUCUAUAUCCAUUUCCUCUCAUAUGUCUGUCGACACCAUUGGAUCAAAUCAUGCUAUCGAUGAGGACGCUAUCUCAAUCGGCUCAACUUCUGUUUUUUGCACUCCAAGCCGAAAUCCUCUCCAACGCAAUGGCCUCCGGAUGUCGACCCGAAGUGUUCCAGGAGGCGAUGCUGAUGACGACGACACACAGCAUUCACUUUUCCGAUCUCUCUGUAACAGCGCCCGUCGUUUGCCGAAUUCGAAACUCGAGGCUGGAAGUACUCCGAUGCGUCGUUCAAUGCGUAUGGCUAUUCAGAAAAGGAAUCUGUCGACGAAGAGCAUGGAAGAUGUUCCAGAAGAGGAGGAAGCGGCAGGCGGGGUUAUAACAACUGCUACGAUAAGAAUGAGUGCACCGAUCGCAGAAGAAGAAGAAAGUGGUGAGCAAUUCGGAGCAGCAAAAGAGUUUUUCGACGGGAACAUAACAUCCCAUGACGAAUCAGCAGAUGAAGGGAGUGCUUCAAUAUCUCGUCUUUCAACAGCUUCAGUAACGUCUUGCAGCGGACAUAGUAUUGGUCGCAAGAGCUCAAUUUUCCGAAAAAUCUUCAACCCAAAGGAUAGGGAACGAAGAUUGAGUGACGUCUUCCACGGUCCAACAUCUUCUACUUCCAACGAACGCCGUGCAUCGAUUAUCUCCUUCACAAACGACUGCUCUUUUGCCGCCGGAGGUAUGACGUCAGCUUCGGCUUCUGCCACGAACGUAUCAAUGACGAGCGUAGCGUCGACUGAAUCACAACAGAAACCAAAAAUACGCAAGAAGGCACCAUCCACUUCAAAUCUCACUCAACGUCUCUCGUCGGUGUUCCGAAGAAGUUCCACUUCUGCGAAUAAGGACGAUGACAUGAUUGGUCCGCACAGCCAAUCCCGUCGCAGUACUUUGACUGGAUAUUCCUCGAUUUCUUCCGGAAUUGGUAGCAUAGCCAGCGGUGUUUCAGAUCAAGGGUACGGUACUAUCGGAUCUCGAAAUGGGCAGAGUAUAUCGAGGUCUGGGUCGAAGAGAGAUGAUCAAAACAAGCGUGAACGUUCUCGUCGUCUACUUGAUCGCAUCAUCAUCUCCGAGAUUCCAGCAGAAGAUCUUUUGAGGAUGAAGGUCGAGCAGAUGAAGAGAAAAGAAGAGGAAGCCGACACUUCAACCUGCAUUUCUGAAAACGAGCUUCUGAAUUUUGACGUUGUGGCUGUUGAUGUCAAAGCCGACGGCUCUCCAUUUUCCUCAACUGCUGCCACUUUUGUCGACGAUAGGGUAAAGAAAAUGGUGAAGGACGAAAUUCGCGCCAACUAUCGUCCGGAUCGUUGUGGAUCUGUUACUGACUGCGAACCAGAUCUCGUCUUUUUGAUACCAGAACAAACUGUUAGAGGGCCCAAUGAUUCUAUAAUAUCCAACUCUGAUCCAAAUUCUGAUCUUCUCCGCAACGUACGUAACGGAUUGUGCAAGUCGAUAGAGGAAUGGAAGAAGAUUUCAACUGGUCGUGAUCUAUCGACAAUGCUCAUCUAUCCAACGUUCUGUCAAUCCGAAGACGAAUGGGACUCGCCAGCAACGAUCGAUGCGAUUUUCACAAUGCUCGAUAGUAUAAUGUGUAACGUCAAACGUUGGAGAAAGAACGGAAAGUGUAUUCUGGCUGGUCUAACGCCAACAAACGUCAGGCUUCUACAAAAGGAGUACAAUAGAUUGAAGGAGUCCGUAGAGCAAACCGAACGCGACGGGCCACCAACAACUGAUGAUAUCGAUAGUCAAUCCAUCACUAGCACUUCGACAGUGUUCGGAAAAAACAUGUGA